CAUUGUAAAUAAUCGUGCAGGAAAAAUGAAAGUUAUUUGUGCAGGAAUGUCAAAAUGUGGCACCAAGUCUGUUAACGCAGCACUUCGAGAACUUGGAUACGUUGUCUACGAUUUUAUGGAAAAUUAUGACUUUUAUAAUGCCGAAUACCAACGAUUCGUGAGUGACGAUUGGACAGUAGACGAUUUCCGUAAAAUGUACAAUGACGUCGACGUUGUUAUUGAUGGACCAUUCUAUUAUUUCUGGGAGGAAGCUUUAGAGUCUUUUCCCGAAGCCAAAGUCAUUCUUAUGAUGAGAGAUGCGGAUGAUAUUUGGUAUGAAAGUAUUUCAAGGCAAAUUCAUCGGAAUCUGAAGCACCAUUUCUAUUACAAUUAUCUCUCAUCAACAUGGCGAAGAUUUUGGAGAUUUGCUUUUAACGCAGGUUUGCUGCCUUUUGGCGUUCACUAUACCGGUUAUAAUACGAUAGAAGAAUCAAUCGAUGCAGGAUUAGCAAUGAAACAAUGUUAUAGAAGACAUAUUGCUCAUGUUGUACACAGCUGUCCUAAAGAUCGUCUGCUUAUAUUCAACUGCAAAGAAGGUUGGAAACCAUUAUGCGAUUUCCUGGAGAAACCAAUACCACGUAUCCCGUUUCCCGUAAUCAACGUUAAGAGUGAGCUCACAGAAGUUAUUUGGAAGAGUGCUGUGUUGAAACGAAGUACAAAAGAAGUAUAUGUUUCUGUCGGCAUCACAAUUAUUGCUCUGUGCAGCGCUGCUUAUGUUUUAGGUCGUUUCAAUAAAUUCAUAUGAAUGAACUGUCAACUAUAAGUUUCCGUUGCUGUUAAGUCAAACCAGAACCAAGGUGGUUCUAUAUAUAUACACGGAGUUACCAAAAAAACUAUGUUAUAAACUGAAGUAAAAAUACAACAAUACACAAUAUGUUUAUUUCUUCACUUGGCCUUGAAUAUCUCCUAUGGUAAGAAUAUUGUGUUCUGUUUUUGUGUUUAUCA